AACGCGAGGAGUGUUCGCUGGCAUCAAGAUUCCCUACGAGGGGCUGUUGACGCUGAACUUCUCCAACAACCAAUUAAAGAUUCUAUCUUCAGGAGUUUUUACCGGCCUUAAAUUCUUUCGAUAUGCUUCUCUGAACCUGGACCUUUCUUACAACGAAUUAGAGGAAAUAUCAGAAGGAGCUUUUACAGGCCUUGAAGAUGUUUUCUUUACACUGUAUUUGUCCAGUAAUCAGUUAAAGAAUUUACCUCCGGGAGUUUUCAACAGGACUAAAUACCUCAACAGCCUGUACUUGUCUAAUAAUCAGUUAAAGAAUUUACCUCCGGGAGUUUUCAACAGGACUAAAAACCUCAAUAGCCUGGACUUAUCCUAUAAUCAGUUAAAGGACUUACCCUCAGAAGUCUUCAGUUGGGUUGAUGAUCUCAACAGACUUGACAUGUCCUAUAACCAACUGGAGCUACUGCCUCCAAAAGCUUUUUUUGAAAUGGUUUUUCUUCAAGAACUAUUCCUGAACAACAACAACUUAAAGAAUUUGUCCUCUGAUCAGCUACCUCGACGGUUGGUUCGGCCAAACUUUGAAAACUUAACCCUGGACUUCAACAAACUGGAGACUCUUCCUUCUGAUAUAUUCCAGGGUUUCAAGUUGUACGAUCUGUGGCUGGGAAACAACAACAUUAAAAAGUUACCUGAAAACUUGUUUGUGGGGCAGGAUAAGCUAAAAUAUCUGCGGUUGAACGGCAAUCAGCUAGAAAAGCUAUCACGCGAAAUAUUUCUUGAAUUGUCUGCCUUGGAAGAAUUGGACUUGUCCUACAAUCAGUUGCAGUUUUUGCCUCGAGGGCUACUUAGCAACAACACCAACCUGACAGAACUGAAUUUGUCACACAACAAAAUUCAGCGUCUACCCAUGGAUGUUUUUGGCAACCUCACUAAGAUGAAAAGACUCUUUCUCUCCAGUAACAAACUUCAGCGCUUGCCAAGGUUCAAAAAUCUCUCCAAGUUGGAAAUAUUGUAA